AUGUCUUCCUCCCGCUUCUACCUGAUGAUGGGCGUCCUCCUCCUCGCGGCGGCGGGACAGGUCGCCGCCGUCCCUUACAUCCUCCCAGUGUGCAAGAGCAUCGGCGGCGGCAGCAGCUUCUUCGACGUCCAGUUCUGUCUGGAGGCGCUCGGCUCCGACCAACGGACCUUCGACGCCGGCAUGACGUACCGCAACUUCUCCGUUGUCGCUGCCGACCUCCUGACGUCCAACGCCACCAGCACGGCGGCCAAGAUCGACGCCUUGCUCCCCAAAGGCGGCGGCGGCGCCACGGUGCGCGGCCUCCGGUCAUGCCAAGCGCUGUACGGCGGCAUAGUGCAAAGGCAGCCCGGCUGCAUCGCGGCCAUCAAGGAGAAGAGGGACGAGGAGGCGAUAUCGUCACUGGAGAAGUCGGCGAGCGCUGCCAAGGAGUGCGAGAGCGGGUUCCGGAGGAGCAGUGUGGCGUCGCCGGUGACGGCGGAGAACGGUAACGCGUUCAAACUCGCCAAGAUUGUCGUCGCUCUUAUCAAAGGCGCCGAUGGUCAGUAA